GUUGGAUUCCGGGUCUUCUUAAAGUGUUAAUGCAAAUGAAUUCUCAAGUGAAUUUUUCGAGCAUAUCUGCCAAUCUCAACUCCAUCCCUGUCCUAAAUGGUACUAACUUUAAGGAAUGGAAAGAAAUUAUUCUAAUAACUUUGGGCUGCAUGGAUCUUGACUUAGCAUUAAGGGUAGAGCAACCCGCUUCUCUUACGGAUGCUAGUACCCAAGAUGAAAAAAGGUACUAUGAGAAGUGGGAUCGCUCGAAUCGCUUAAGUCUUAUGAUCAUAAAGCGUGGAAUUCCAGAAUCUUUUAGGGGUGCUGUAUCCGAUGAGGUUACUAAUGCCAAGGAUUUCCUUUCUGAAAUUGAGAAACGUUUUGUUAAAAGCGAUAAGGCGGAAAUAAGCAUGUUAUUAAAAGACUUUACUUCCAAAAGGUAUUCAGGAAAAGGAAAUAUAAGGGAGUAUAUUAUGGAAAUGUCUUAUAUUGUUUCUAGGCUCAAGACACUUAAGAUUGAGAUAUCGGAAGAUGUUCUCGUACACAUAGUCUUGAACUCUCUUCCUAUUGCAUUUGAUCCUUUUAAGGUUAGUUAUAACUGCCAAAAGGAGAAGUGGUCUCUUAAUGAGCUCAUUUCAUAUUGCGUGCAAGAGGAAGAGAGGAUGAAACAAAAUAAGACAGAAAGUGCUCACUUGGCUAGUACCUCUAAGGAUAAGGGUAAAAAGAGGAAGAAAACUCUCAUUAAGAAUGAAGCUGCUAAGGGUCCAG